CUCUCUCUCUCUCUCUUCCUACUUCACAACUCACAUGCUCUCAUUCUACUCAUAAUCCUUUGAGAACAAAGACAAAAGCUCAUUGGUUUGAGAUACCUCUACAUCCCUCUCUCUCUCUCUCUCUCUUAGAAUUUCUGGUUCUCCAAGAUUUUGCACUGGAUAUGGUUUUCCUCAGUGCAAAUCAAAUCCAACUGCUAGAUACCCUCAUGUUAACCCACUUUGUACUUUUCUGUCAUUGAAAAAAAUUUCUGAACUUUAUCUAAACUUAGAUAUCAUAUUCUUUUACUUCUGAGUUCAUAUGUUCUGCUCUGUUCUGUCCUCUGUUCAUGGCUGCUGCUACUACUGCCUCUCAAGUCUUUGAAAACCAUAGCAACAACAACAGCAGCAAUACCAACCGUGAGAUUAGCAGGCAAGAUAUCCGAGCUGCCAUUGCCAAAGCAGUGGAGUUGAGAACCCUUCAUGCUGCUUUGAUGCAAGGAAGCAGCCCCUCCAAUCUUAGAUUUCCAUCUCCUUCCCCUGCUUCACGCCCUGUUUCUCAGUUCUCUGCUCAAGAUUACCCUGUUUUUACACCUAGCUAUGAAGAUGAACCAACACCUGGGUAUCCACAAAUUCCACUUAAAGACCACACACUAUCAGAAAGUUGGGAUGAGUAUGGACUAGGAGGAAAUGGCAAUGAAACUUUCCUAUCGGAUUAUAAGGAGAAUUCAUCCUCAAGAAAGGGAUUGCCUUGUGGUUUGGCCAGCGUAGACUCCCAUAUUUGUCCAGCUGAGGAUCAAAAAUCUGUCACCGGUUCUUGUGCAAACCAAAUCACUGUGCUUCAAACAUCACCUGGAAAUGACUACUUCAAGUCAAGCAGAAGAAACAGUUUGGGGGAGUUCAAAUCAGUAUCAUCCUGCAAUAGAUGCAAGCCUGCAGUUAUAACUACUGCAUCUGAAACUGCAACAAGAAACAGCAGGAACUCUAAUAUUGUUGUUCCAUUAACGGAUUCUCACACAUCUAUUCAAUCACAACCAAAGAAUCGGGGAGUGAUUUCAUGGUUGUUUCCUCGGUUAAAGAAAAAAAAUAAGAAUGAAAAUUCUCCUAAUCGAGCAGAAUCCGAAGAUGUUUCUCAAAUAUAUAAAGACUUUGGGAUAAUGUCAAUUGAAACGUUAAAGAAAGAGCUGAUGGAAGCAAAUGAGAAUAGAGAUGCAGCCUUGAUGGAAGUUUCUGAGAUGAAAUCUUCAUUGGGAGAGCUUAAACACAAGCUUGAGUACUUGGAGACCUACUGUGAAGAACUGAAGAAAGCACUAAAACAAGCAAUGCAGGCAAAGGAUUCCCAAGUUCCUGAAACUCUUGGAAAUUUUCCUAAGAGAGGGAAAUCCUUAGAUGUAAAUGGAGAAAAUUUGAUGCCUGUCAGCACAGAAGUAAUGGUGGAAGGUUUCUUGCAGAUAGUAUCAGAAGCAAGAUUGUCAGUAAAGCAAUUCUGCAAGACCCUUGUUGGCCAGAUUGAAGAAACUGAUAAUACUCUAGUGGACAACUUAAAUACGCUUCUUCAACCAUAUAAACUUUCUUUGAGUUCCAAAUACUCGAAGGCAGUGUUAUACCAUUUGGAAGCUUUCAUAAAUCAGUCACUCUACCAAGACUUUGAGAAUUCAGUAUUUCAGAAAAAUGGCUCCCCAAAGCUGUUAGACCCCCAACAAGAUCGCCAAGCGCAAUUCUCAUCGUUUGUGGCGUUGAGGAACCUAAGCUGGAAUGAGGUAUUAAGGAAAGGGACUAAAUAUUACAGUGAAGAAUUCAGUAAAUUUUGUGACCAGAAAAUGAGUUGCAUUAUCACGACGCUGAAUUGGACUAGACCAUGGCCUGAACAGCUUCUGCAAGCAUUCUUUGUUGCUGCCAAAUGCAUAUGGUUGCUUCAUUUGCUUGCCUUUUCAUUCAAUCCACCAUUGGGAAUUUUAAGGGUUGAAGAGAAUAGGAUGUUUGAUCCUCAUUACAUGGAGGACAUGUUCAUGGAAAGGCAGAAGUCAAAUGGUCCUAGCCGAGUUAAGAUCAUGGUGAUGCCAGGGUUUUAUGUUCAGGACAGGGUAUUGAGGUGUAAGGUUCUCUGUAGGUAUAAAUCUGUAGCUUAAUUGUUUAGAAUUUGGUUUUAAUAUUGCUAGCUUUUUCCCCUUUUCUUAAUUUUUUUUCCAAGGUAGUCUCACCUAGAGAAGUUUGUAAUUAUCAAAUUGACGCGUUAAUAAAUGUAAAAGUGGGUUUCUUCUA